CUCCAAGAUUGUGGGCAAGUGACGACUCGAAGGCUUUCGACAAGCAUCGUCAGUUCUCUCGUAGUCAUGAAUCCAACGUGAGCACAGUCGAGCAACAACCCCACACGCGUCUUGUAUAUCAAUCACAACAUCACGACGACCAUGUCAUCCAAGCCGCCCACGAAGCCGCCCACCAAACCUCUCCCUUCCGCCAAACCCCGACCAACAACUCAACCACCACCUCGUCGACCGGCAACAGCAUCCACAGCACGAACCACGCCAUCAACGAAACCGACUUCUACUCCUCCCGCCAGGCCCCUGCCCAGACCCUCCACCCACAAGCCCAUCCCCAAAAAGUCAACACCAACCCAACCUCCAUCAUCGUCGACCUCCGCAAAGCGAGGGAACUGGAUCAGUCAGAUCGUCCAAAACAGCAUCGCCAGCGUUGGCAACACCGCGGGAGGUUUCGUGACGGACAUCGGCGAUGGCGUGAACCGAGCAGGACGGGGCGUGGGGGAUUCGUAAGUUCUCCUUCUGUUUCUUCUCGUUUUCCGUCCUUCCUCCCCCAUCUGAACAGGCCCCCAAAAAACCACCCUCCCUAUUCCUUCUCCACCGACUUACGAUAAUGAAUGAGCGAUCGACAGGAUCGCCGAUACGACCCGCUCCUGGGGCCACAGAACCGCCGACUACGGGAACGCCAUCAAAGACAGCGUCGGAGUCGGCGGGCCACGAGUCCCCAC